AAAAAUUCAACACCUCAACUUUAAUGAUACGUUAUAGUGUUUAGCUUUCUAAACUAUUUUGAUUUACGUAUUGUUAUUUACAAUCAUAAAUAAUAUUCCAAAAAGCUGUUUAUUAUUUUUUUGUCAUUCAAAGCUCAAAACACUUGAAAAGAUUUGAAUAAGACCUACUAAUCAUGGCACACUACAAGGGGGCGGCCAGUGAAGCUGGCAGAGCCAUGCAUUUAAUGAAGAAACGAGAAAAGGCUCAAAUGGAAAUAGAAUUUCGGAAAAAGAAGAUAGAGGAAGAUUUGAAAAUAUCAAACAUCGAGAAUAAGUUUGCAGCCCAUUAUGAUGCUGUUGAACAGCAACUCAAGAGCUCCACCAUUGGACUGGUGACACUAGAUGAGAUGAAAGCCAAACAAGAAAACAUCGUGAAAGAGCGAGAAAGAAAGUUGGCUCUCAAACAGCUAGAAAAGGAGAGGGAACAGCAAAGACAACUAGAAGCUAAGCAAGCCGAAAAGAACAAGCAGAAAAAACAGAUCCAAGCGCUCUCGUUCAACUUGCAUGAGGAUGAAGAUGAAGAAGAAAACGAAGACGAAGUUGAAGAUGAUAAGGAGGAGGAAGAGGAGAUACUGGAACCUAUCAAGAAGAAAAUAAGGAAGAAUCCAGAUGUAGAUACCAGCUUCCUACCUGACAGAGAGAGGGAAGAAGAGGAGAAUAGGAUGCGGGAAGAAUUGAGACAGGAAUGGGCCGCAAAACAGAGCUCGCUGAAAGAGGAGGAGAUCGAAAUCACGUUCAGCUACUGGGAUGGAUCGGGCCACAGAAAGACGGUGCGAAUGAAGAAGGGGAACUCAGUCUACCAGUUUCUGCAGAAAUGCCUGGAAGUACUUCGCAAGGAGUUCAGCGAGCUGAAAACGGUCACCGCUGAUCAACUCAUGUAUGUGAAGGAGGACCUCAUCCUGCCGCACCAUUACACCUUCUAUGACUUCAUUGUUACCAAGGCACGUGGCAAGAGUGGACCAUUGUUCACGUUUGACGUGCAUGACGACGUACGUAUUGUCAACGACGCCACCGUUGAGAAGGAGGAGUCACAUGCGGGAAAAGUUCUUCUGCGCAGUUGGUAUGAGCGAAACAAACACAUCUUCCCUGCCAGUCGAUGGGAGCCUUAUGACCCCACCAAGACCUAUGACAAGUAUACUAUCAAAGACAAGUCCAACAAGAAAUAGACUCCGAUCUGACAAGACUAGAUGGAUAAGUCAAACAACGAAUAGAGGACUAUUCCAACAACAAAUAGACUCUAAUCUUACUAGAUUGUGGACAGAAAAAUGUGUAUUCAAGGUGACAUUACAUCUAGGUAUCACUGCAUCUAGGUGUAGAUCAUCAGUUUCAGUGGCUGGGAGCUCUACACCUCAACAAAACAUACAGAUAACCAUAUACACCAUCAAAGACAAGUCUAACAAGAAAUAGACUUUGAUAUGAUAAGAUGAUAGAUAAGUCAGCCAAGAUAUUGACACUAAAGCUGCGUUUACA